AUGGUUACUGCCACUAAUCUCGGAUAUCCCUAUGUCGGUGCUAAGCGUGAGCUAAAGAAGCUUGUCGAAUCUUUCUGGUCUGCCAAGAUCUCUGAAGAUGAGCUUCGUACUGGCUACUCCAAGAUCCAGGAGUCUCACUGGAAGUUGCAGCAGGAGAAGGGCAUUCAGCACAUUCCCUCCGGUGAAUACACUCUCUAUGAUCGUGUCCUUGACACCGCCCAGCAGUUUGGUGCCAUUCCUCAGCGUUAUCAGCAUAUCAAGAGUCCUCUCGAGCAGUUCUUUGCCAUGGGUCGUGGUCUCCAGCGUGCUGCCACAGCCACCUCUGAGAAAGUUGACGUCCCUGCCAUGGAAAUGAAGAAGUGGUUUGACACCAACUACCAUUUCAUUGUCCCCGAGUUCGAGGCCGACCAGAAGUUUACUCUCCAGAACCCUCGUGCUGUCGAGCAAUUCAAGGCUGCCAAGGCUCUCGGUAUCCACACUCGCCCUGUACUCGUUGGUCCCAUUACCUUCUUGCACCUCGGAAAGGCUGCCAAGGGUACCGAAGAUUUCGAGACCCUCUCCUUGUUGCCCAAGGUCCUUCCUCUUUACAUCGAGCUCAUCAAGCAGCUCGAAGCCGCCGGUGCCGACUGGGUCCAGAUUGAUGAACCCGUCCUCAUCCUCGAUUUGGAUGCCAACGUCAAGCUUGCCCUCGAGAAGGCCUACAAGACCAUCAAGGCCCAGACCAACAUCAAGGUCCUCGUCGCCGCUUACUUUGGCCGCAUUGAGAACAACGUCUACGCCAUCAAGGACAACGUUGAUGCCAUCCACCUCGAUCUCGUCCGUGCACCUGAAGAACUCGACAUUGUCUUGCCUUUGUUGAAGGAGAACCAGGUCCUCUCGCUCGGUCUUGUCGAUGGUCGCAACAUUUGGAUCAAUAACCUCUCCAAGUCUAUCGAGCUCGCUGAAAAGGCUGUCAAGGCUCUUGGUCAAGACCGCGUCUUCAUUGCUCCCUCCUGCUCUUUGGCCCACUCUCCUUUCUCUACCACAUUUGAGAAGAAGAUCCAGGCCAAGAACCCCGAACUCUUCAGCUGGUUGUCUUAUGCUGCCGAGAAGUGCUCUGAAGUCUCCAUUAUAGCCAAGGCUUUGAACCAAGGUCGUGAGUCUGUCAAGGAAGCCCUGGCCGCCAACGCCGCCGCCAUUGAAUCCCGCCGCACAUCCCCUCAGACUAAGAACCCCAUCGUUCGUGAGCGCGUGGCCAAGAUUCCCACUGAAGCCUGGAAGCGCCCAUCUCCUUUCGCUGUCCGCCGCGAGGCUCAGGUCAAGAAGCUCAACCUCCCUCUCUUCCCUACCACCACCAUCGGCUCCUUCCCUCAGACCAAGGAUAUCCGUGUUGCCCGCCAGAAGUAUGCCAAGGGUGAGCUUUCCCAGGCCGACUAUGAUGUCUUUAUCAAGGCUGAGAUGAAGAAGGUUGUCGAGUUCCAGGAGAGAGUUGGACUCGAUGUCCUUGUCCACGGUGAACCCGAGCGUAACGACAUGGUUGAGCACUUUGGUCAUCUUUUGCACGGCUAUGACUUUACCGAGAACGGCUGGGUUGUCUCCUAUGGUUCCCGUUGUGUCAAGCCUCCUGUUAUCUUUGGUGAUGUUAGCCGUCGUCAGCCUAUGACCAUCGACGAGAUUGUCUAUGCUCAGUCCUUGACUAAGUUGCCCAUGAAGGGUAUGUUGACUGGCCCCGUUACCAUGAUGAAGUGGUCCUUUGUGCGUGAUGACAUUCCUGCCAACGAGCUUUGCGCCCAGAUUGCUCUUGCUCUCCGUGACGAGGUUGUCGAUCUUGAGACUGCUGGUAUUCCCUGUAUCCAGGUCGAUGAGCCCGCUAUUCGUGAAGGUCUUCCUAUUCGCCGUGCUGAUUGGGAUUCAUACCUUGAGUGGUCUGUUGGAUCUUUCCGUCUCUCUACAGCUGGUGUUCGCGAUGAAACCCAAAUCCACACACACAUGUGCUACUCUGACUUUAACGAUAUCUUUGAUGCCAUUGCUGCUCUUGAUGCUGAUGUUAUCACUAUCGAGAACUCCAAGUCUGAUGAGAAGCUCCUCAAGAUCUUUGAAACUAAGCAGUACACUAACGAGAUCGGUCCCGGUCUUUAUGACAUCCACUCUCCCCGUGUUCCCUCUUACGAGGAGAUGAAGACUCGUUUCGGUGACAUGCUCAAGUACUUGCCUGAGCACCUCUUGUGGGUCAACCCCGAUUGUGGUCUCAAGUCCCGUGGCUGGCCCGAGGUCGAGGCUGCGCUUGUCAACAUGGUCGCAGUCGCCAAGUACUACCGCUCUCUCAAGGCUACCAAUGCCUAA